AUGCCCGUACCUAUUCCCGAGACACGCGGAAACAAGGCUAAAUAUGUAGCAUUACCGAAAGAGAUUACGAAUACAUCAAGCAGGUUCGCUCUCGACGCUCUCGAUUCCCCUUGGAACUUGCGCUUUGCGCACUCGGAUAAAUCAAGCAGAUCCUUUGUCCACAUUGAGCGUUCAUCCAGACCGGAGGUGACGAUGCAGCGCAACGGCCACGUCGGCCAUGUCGAUGCUGUUGCGCCGGAGAAGUCCUUACUACCCGGUACUGUCCCAUUACCACAGGCAUCGGCCUCGACCACUGUCAUUGAAUGGGAUUGGGACGUCGAACACCAUGACCGAAAGCUCGAAGCUAAAGCAGACGCAGCCCUACAUGGUGCACAGCCCUUUCAAGUCGACCGAAGAGUCCUCAAGGAUGUCGUACGAGAAAUGACGGGUUGUGAAGUCGGGACAAUAAAUUUCCUCAGUUCUGGGACUUUUCAUAAGGCGAGUGCACAGCUUGCGUAUCUUGUUACUCUUGCUGACACACGAGAGCUGGUUGCUCGCGUCGCUCGUCGGUUCAUGCCUCGCCUUAAGACUGAGUCUGAGGUGGCUACUAUGCACUACCUUCGCGAACGGACAUCCAUUCCUGUUCCAGAUGUCUAUCAUUAUGAUGCGAAUCCCUACAAUCGCCUAGGGGGCGAGUAUAUCCUCAUGUCCAAGGCAAAGGGCGUUCCUCUGUCACGCGUAUACCACACCCUCUCUAAUGAGGAGCUCAAAUCUCUGUUUGCAAAUGUCGCAUCUAUAAUAGUGCCGUUGUUUGCACAGCGUUUCUCGCAUAUCGGAUCACUAUAUCUUGAGGGUGCAGGCGCGGGUGCAACUCCUCUCUCGGUUGGGUCAUCGAACUCUCCCACACCAACCGCGACGCGUCCUAUCAUUAAUGGCUUUAAAUUCAUGCCACUGUUGUCCAUGAGCUCUUCCUCCUCUAAUAUUCCUACCGCAGUACCCCUGAGCAGAGCAGUCUCACGGUCAGCUUCGGCUCGAGAGUCUCAUAUUGGUCCCAUCGUGUCCUGGCCCUUCUUCGGAUCGAAUCGGGGAGACCUCUCUCAUCCAGACGAGAUCGACCGUGGACCGUGGACUAGUACUCAUUCGUAUCUUGCCUCAUGCGUCGACCGCGAGGUCCGGGGCGUGGUUCUCGAGAACGAGGGUAAGUCGGCACCGCACCGACUGCAUCUAGACCCGGACGAGAUUCAGUCCUCUCGCCAUCACCACUUGAAUGCAGUCCCUGGCGAUCAGAGUGAUGAGAGUGAUGAAUGGGACGCGCAGGAGAGUGAGGAGGAAUGGGAUGGCCCUGGUGACGUCAUGUACAGGGAUUACAGGCGCAUGCAGAGAAGCACGUUCCUAGUUGCGCAUAUCAUGCGACGGGAGGAAUCUGUACGAAAAGAGAUGGGUCGCUGGAUGCGCAUGAUGGAGAGACUUGGGGCGAAUCAUUCUGGGGAGACGGAAGAGUUCGGCCUGGACUGCCACGACAUAAGCCUUGAGAACGUGUUUGUCGACGAAAACAACCACACAGAAAUAACAUGUGUUAUUGACUGGGAGUCUACGACAACCCGGCCGCUCUGGGCAUGCGCGCAUCUCCCAACCUUCCUGCAAUCCAGUCCGUUCACGACUCGUAUGUUCCGAGAGGCGGUCGAGAACUUGGCUCUCGAUCGAGCCUUUCAGCCAGUGCAGCCGGGGAAGAACAAUAUUAAACCUGUGAACGUAGUGGCAGCUGCGAAAGAGUGGUUGCAUUAUGAAGCCAUCGGUGCACGGCUGCGCAUGGCUCACAGGUGCGCCGAAUGGGACGGGUGGGAAGAGGGCCUCGUCGACAGUAUCCUUGGGCCCGAAGACACUGAGGACGAAUGGUUCAAGGACGCCGAGUGUACUGCAGAUGCGCUGUCCGCUUCAGGCGUGCCUGUGUACGCGGAAAGCGAGGCUAGCAGCUCCGGGGCUAAUUCCGGUGCCUUGAAGGCUGCAUCCUUCAAGCUGAGAAAGAAGGCUGGGCACAUACCCUUGAAGAAGGAGCGGGAGAAGGAGCAGAUGCUGAAUAUCACUGGGGAUAUUUGCGGUGGGCGGGGCGGGGAGCUCGGGCGCAGGCUUGAGGCCUGGCUGAGUGUCAAUGGGGACAAAAGUCGGAGGGGUCGGGAUGAGGAGUAUGAUGCGGAGGCGGAGUGA